AUGAAUUCCACUGUGUUUCUCGGUCUGCUGGCUUCAGCUGCAACCGCAGCGGCAGCAACCAUUCCAUCUGAUGAAGUUCCUCUCAUCGGUCCUUCAUUUCUUUCCAACUUUGACCCGACGAAUGCUCGGUCUGUCCUCAACGCCACCGAAUCUUUCCCCGCCAUAAUCGAUACUCUCUUUGAGAGCGAUGUUCUCAACAAGACGGACCUCGUAUUCACCGUUGACGUGUUCUCGGCCGCAACCAAUAAGUCUCUCUAUAGCUACUUCCACGCUGGAGAUGAGGGAAAGCAGGGCUUGACGGCCGGGGUACUCAACGACCAGACUAUUGGGCGUAUCGGCAGUGUGAGCAAGCUCUUCACUGUCUAUGCCAUCAUUGCCAAAGCCGGAAUUGAGGUGUUCAGUCACCCGGUGACGAAAUACCUUCCUGAGCUUUUGGGCAACUCAUCGGGCGAUCCUCUCAAACAUGUCCGUUGGGAGGAUAUCACUGUCGGGGCGUUGGCGGCACAGCAAGCGGGCUCUGGUGGAGCAUCAAAUCUCUUCACCUACAUGCGAGACAACAAAAGACCAGUGGUUUCGCCCUUCCGGAAUGCCGUCUACUCCGAUUCGGGUUUCGCUCUGCUCGGUCAAGUUCUCGCCCGUCUCUCAAACCAGACUUACGAGGAUGCUGUCCGAGAUAUCCUAGCCAACCCUCUGGGACUCAACAGCACAACCGCUAGCGUGCCCAAGGGUACUGAAGUCAACGCCAUCAAUCGUGCGCUUUUCACUGAUGUGACGUCCUAUGGCCUUGACGUCCCUAUUGUCUACCCAUCCGGCGGAAUUUACUCCAACGCUGCCGACCUUCGUACUCUCGGUCUCUCCAUCCUCAACUCAGAGCUGCUUUCGCCAGCCACUACCUCGCAGUGGAUGAAGCCCUUUAGUGGGACCGGUACACUUAUCGAGCUUGUCGGCGCACCCUGGGAGAUCACCCGUCUCGCGAUCCCUGCCACGCCGGGAUCGAACCGCACCCGCAUCUCUGAUUUGUACAUCAAAGCCGGCGGGAAUGGUGAUUAUGGAUGCAUUUUUGCGCUCUCUCCCGACCACGGCAUUGGAUUCUCAAUCUUGGUGGCUGGUAUUACCUCCGGCGCUGCUCGCUGGGUGAUUCGCGACAUAAUUGGCGAGUUGUUUAUCCCAGCAGCCGAGGCCGCUGCCGCCGAGAAUGCGAAACAGAAUAUUGCUGGUAUUUUUGAGACUCCAGAUGGAAGAAACAUCACUCUUACCAUCGACGACGGUCACCCGGGCUUAGGCAUCCAAUCAGCCUCAUUGGAGUCGCUAGCUGGGGGCUCAAUGCGUCUCUACCCAUCCGGCAUGUACUCCAGCUCCAGGUCUCUCUCCGCUCUGUACAACACUAAGGGCACCUUCAGAGCCGCGCUUCGUGGGAUUAUGUAUGGAGUCCCUUUUCCGGCCCGAGCUGCGUCAGAAGGCGGUACUGGCGGGUUGUUCGACAACCAGUAUUCUUGGAUGGACAUCGGCUUUGUUGAUGGUGAGGAUGAAUUUAUCUUGACUAUUGAGGAUGGAAAAGCGAUGAGUGUGGAAGCCGCCAUUGGAGGCGAGCAGAUGACAUUUGAGAGAGUUGAGUCACAGCUCUUCACUCAUUGA